UCAUAUUUCCGUUCAUUUGUUUUGGUAUUCAUUUGAUAAACAUUUGAUUCAAUGAUCACUUAGUGCUUGACAUUCACUAUUAGCACACAUUUUGCACUUUAAAUGACAUUUUGAUGAAUAGAUCCGCAAAAGAGAGAAAUUAUUUUUAAAUAUAUUUUCACGAAUUGGUGUCAAAUAUGGCUUCAAAUGGCGUUUUGGUUAACAAUAACAACAUUUACAACAACAACGGGAAUAACCACUCGAUUGGUAGCCAAAUGGCAUUGAAAUGGGAUCCGAAGAACCUGGAGAUCAGGACCCAUUCGGUGGAGAAGACAUUGGAGCCGCUGGUGAUGCAGGUGACAACUCUGGUCAACACGAAGGGUCCGUCCAAGAAGAAGAAGGGGCGCUCUAAGAGGGCUCACGUGUUGGUGGCGGCCGUCGAGAAGGCCACUGAGAACUUCAUCCUAAAGGGCGAAGAGAUAGCUCUCGAGAAUCCGGACAUAAAGUCUGAAAUGCUGUCCGCCGUGGAAGAGGUGCGCAAAGCGGGCGAAACGAUGGGAAGGGCUUCGCGAGAGUUCGCUGAAGACCCGUGCAGUUCACUGAAGAGGGGAAAUAUGGUUAAAGCCGCCAGAAAUCUGUUGUCCGCCGUCACCAGACUUCUGAUUCUGGCGGAUAUGGUUGACGUCCACCGACUCCUCAAGUCUUUACAAGUGGUUGAGAAUGAUUUGGAUAGAGUUAAGAGCGCUUCCAGUCAUUCAGAAUUAGUGGAAUCGUUUAAAAGUUUUGGCAAAAAUACGGCCGAACUUAUCAGUCAAGCGGCCAAACGUCAGGCAGAGCUGAAGGACCCGCGACUGAGGGACGACUUGGCGGCCGCGCGCGCUAUACUUAAGAAGAACUGUAUGAUGCUAUUGACCGCAUCCAAGGUCUACGUCAGACAUCCGGAACUGUCGGCCGCCAAAGAGAACAGAGACUUCAUCUUCAGACAGGUCUGCGAAGCCGUUAAUGCCAUCAGUGAUGUCGCGCAGGGAAAGACCGCUGCGAACAACGGUCUGACGGGUCGUCCGGGCGACGGACCCGGAGAACUGGCUGAGGCUCUCGACGCCUUCGAUGACAGCAUUAUUAUGGAUCCAUUGCUUUACAAUGAAAUGCUUACCCGUCCUAUACUCGAAGAACGACUCGAAAGCAUUAUAAGCGGCGCCGCACUUAUGGCUGACUCCUCGUGUACUAGAGAUGAGCGCCGGGAGAGGAUUGUCGCCGAAUGUAAUGCCGUUCGUCAGGCUCUGCAGGACUUGCUAUCGGAGUAUAUGGCAAACACCGGCCGCAGAGAGCCCGACGAGUCUUUGGGCAAAGCUAUCGAUCACAUGAACCGCAAGACUAAAGACUUGAGAAGACAGCUGAGGAAAGCGGUGAUCGAUCACGUGUCCGACUCCUUCCUCGAGACCAAUGUCCCGCUUCUGGUGCUCAUCGAAGCGGCCAAAAAGGGAAGUGUGAAUGAAGUGGAGGAAUACGCGCAGGUGUUCACAGAACACGCCAACAAACUCGUGGAAGUGGCGAACUUGGCGUGCAGUAUGUCCUCCAAUGAGGACGGCGUCAAAAUGGUUCGAUACGCCGCCUCUCAGAUCGGAAGUCUCUGCCCUCAAGUGAUAAACGCGGCCCGAAUUCUGGCGGCUCGACCGCGCUCUAAGGUAGCCCUCGAGAACAUGGAGGCGUUCCGGGAGGCCUGGGAUAAUCAGGUGCGCAUUCUCACCGAGGCAGUCGACGACAUCACUACCAUCGAUGACUUCUUAGCCGUUUCUGAAAACCAUAUCUUAGAAGAUGUUAAUAAAUGUGUGUUAGCUCUACAAGAAGGAGAUGCGGACAGUCUGGACAGAACUGCCGGUGCUAUACGCGGUCGAUCUGCUCGGGUAUGUAAUGUAGUGACCGCUGAAAUGGAUAACUAUGAGCCGGGAAAUUAUACGGAACGGGUAUUGGAGGCUGUGAUGUGCUUAAGAGAUCAAGUUAUGCCCAAAUUCGCAGAAAGAGUGGAACUGGCGGUCGACGCCCUGACCAGUGAUCCGCGCGGCGAAGUCGAUGAAAAUGAGUUCAUCGAUGCCUCGCGUCUUGUUUACGAUGGCGUUCGUGAGAUCAGACGCGCUGUACUUCUGAACAGAACUGUCGAGGAAUUGGAUUCCGAAACCGAAAUAGAAUACGAAGACAACACUUAUGAGACUCGAAGCAAAUCGAGUAUUCACACGGAUUUCGAUGAAUACCCGGAUAUCUCUGGAAUCAGUAACACGAGAGAUGCCUAUCGUUUUGUGUCUGAAGAGGAAAAGGAGAAGAUUGCAGAACAGGUCGAGACAUUCAGGACUGAAAAGAAUAAGUUCGAUCGCGAAGUGGCCAAAUGGGACGACACCGGGAAUGACAUUAUAGUGAUCGCCAAAGAGAUGUGUAUGAUUAUGAUGGAGAUGACUGACUUCACCCGUGGAAAGGGUCCGCUCAAGACUACAAUGGAUGUGAUCAAUGCGGCCAAAAAGAUAUCAGAGUUCGGCACAAAACUGGACAAAUUCGCGCGACAGAUAGCCGACCAGUGCCCGGAUCAACUUGUAGUGAAGCUCGAUAGCGCCACUUCCCUCAUACAGGCCGCUAAGAAUUUGAUGAACGCAGUGGUUCUCACUGUUAAGUCAUCGUAUGUGGCGUCCACUAAAUAUCCCAGAGGUCAACAACAGAUGAUUUCACCUAUAGUUGUGUGGAGAAUGAAAGCACCGGAAAAGAAGCCACUCGUGAGACGGGAAAAGCCAGAAGAGGUUCGCGCGAAAGUGAGGAGAGGCUCACAGAAGCGACACAUCGCUCCCCUAAAGGCGUUGAGUGAGUUCCAGAGUCCAGCAGAAUCUGUUUGAACACUUUGUCCAUCAGAUCCUAUGCCAACUAUAACUUAUACACUAUAUAUGAUAAAUGUUUCAAUAUAUUCACAAUUGAUGUGACAUUCCGUUCAUACGAGGACUUCCCCUCAAAGCAAAU